UAAUUCGAAGUACCGCGACUGAGAGCUCGCUGCGCGGCUCGUCAACGACGGCCAUGACCUCCACCGCUUCAAACGAGCCCAUCGCGGACAGAGACUCGAUUCACAAGUCAUGCAAGACUCUCGAGACCGUCGUCAAUGUGCUCAAUGACUACUGCGAGGCAGCAAACGCGAUCCUCAUUCUGCAGCGGAAGCUCGUCAAGGCCUUGCGAGAUGCCGCAGCGGUCAAGUGUGUUCCGGAGAUACCAGCAAACGCGUUAAACGUGAGCGCAACCAUCUUCGACACACUCUGCGAAGUGGAUGCAAAGUUCGUCAAGCUCGCGGACAAGGAGUGCGACGCGAUUAGCGCAGAGAUCAAGAAGUGGUUCAAGAAGCUUGCUAAAGAAGAACGCGCCUACGACGAUCGCCUCGCCAACGCCAACGCCAAGAUCAAACAGGCUGGUCAAUCGUACGAGAAGAAGGCAAAGAGAAACCCACAGGACGCAGCCGAUGAGCAUGCCCGCUACAUGCACAUCCUCACGACUCUAGGCCCCGAGAUUAACCAGGAGAAAUUCAACCAUUCCCUCAUGGUGACGCGCAGACAUAACGCGACCAUACACAAUCUAGCUGCCGGCCUCUCUCGCGUAGCAGACGCGGAAUGGCUCCGGUCCUGCGAGGGUGUAAGACGGUCCGCCCCUACCAUUGGGCAGCUCGGCGAAUGGCGCGUCUACUGCGAGGGCGGUUGGUCAGGCCCGUUGCCUGCGGACUUGCCCAACGGCGACGUUCCUCCUUACCGCUCAGAGCGUUCAGUGACUCCGGUAGCGCAAGGGCGCACGGUGACGCCAAACACGGAGAAGCCACCGCCAGGGCCUGGUACGCCGAUGCUCGAGAAACCCGCACCUGAAUAUUCCUCUCGCCGCCCGAGCGAACAGGAGACAGACGCGUCAUCACGAGCCGUCACGCCGACCCACGACCCAUCACCCGCCCCGCCGCAAUAUCGCCCUCCGCCUGACCAGCCUGCCGAAGCGAAGCUCGCAUCACCGCCGCCUCUGAAGACAAUCGCAGACGACUCCGUUCGAUCUCUGGCGUCUCUAUCCUCAUUCCCCGCACCGCCGACGCACUUCCCGAUGCCGCCUCUUGCGAAGGCAGAGGCUAGUUCGCCGGUGAAGGAGACAAGGCCAGAGUCGCCGCGCGGCCCGCGCACGCCGUCCGAGAUUCUAUUCUUCCAGCGGAAGACAGAAUCGCCCGCACCCCUCACGCCCUCCGAGACACCGCGACCUUUACCCUCGCCUGCGGUCCCACAUGCCGAACCUGCUGCAGUCACAUCCACGCGUUCUGUUGACUCGAACGGUAGGGUCGAAGGUGCACAAGAGCCGUCAGAUUCGCAGCAUUCACCACGUUCGGACGCCCAUGAGCUGCACGAGCGGCGCGCCGCGAAGACCCCUUCGCCAGUGCUCACGCGCGCUUCCAGCAAGAAGCUCAAUAUUGAGAACUCGGGAGCUUCGUCCGGUCCGACGAGCUCCAUCGCUGGAUCCUCGCAAAGCGAUCAUAUCGACGACGGCGAAUUCGGUGCUCUUCGAACGAUGGACGAGCAGCGCAUCCGGCAAGGACGGCCCGCUGAUGCCCCGUCGUCGCAGCAGGUCGAGCGCAGCGACACAGGAGCGAGCAAUGUCAGUGUAGUGGCUGCCUUACGCGACCGAUAUUCCCGAAUACCCGAGCAACCUACCUCACCUCGCAAGGAGGUGCCCAAGUUGCCCACGAACGUCUCGAAGAUCGCGAACAGAUACCAAUCUAACGACACUUCCCCGACCUCUCCCCGACUACCGCCACCGUCACCUACCGGGGACCGUCGACGGCUGUCCAUGGAUGUCCCGCGCAACAGCACACAGCCGUUCCCGACGGACCGCCGAACAUCUGGCGUAACCUCGACUAGCUACGCGACGAAUACGAUGACCUCGAUACCCAUGUCCGACGAUAUUGCGCUACGCAGGCAGCGCAUAGCCGAACUGGAAGACCUAGAGAUCCGAGAGCAAGAACUGGAGCUGCGGCGGAAAGAGCGCGAGAUCGAGCAGAGGGCAAAGGUGCUCGAGGAGGAGCGCGCGCGCAUCUUGAACGCACGCAGGCCAGACAGCGGCUACGGCAGCGACGCUGCUCGCAGCGGGAUGACCGACCGGUUGUCGAUGAGCCAACAGUCCGAUGCGUACUCAACGUCGUCUGCCCGGCCACGGUACCCGCAACACUCCUACAGCAGCGCAGCAUUGGACCAGCUUCGGCCAGCGCGCCCAUCUUCGAGCCAGCCGGCGUCGCCUCUAUACCAGCCUGCUUCGGACCACGCGCCCUACUGUGGAUGCGAGACAUGCUCGGCAUCUAAGUACACUUCCAGGGAUACUUCGCCAUCGCCUAUCCAUGUUCGGCCCAUCCAGCUUCGCCCCGAGAAACCGAAGGGAUGGAUCCGCCGUCUGAGCAUGCCUGUGAUGGGCAAUGCGUUCUCCUUGGACUCCAAGAAGGGUAUUAGCAGCGCAGGCAUCGCAGGCGGCCCUGGCUUCCGGAGCAGUCUUGCGUUGCCUGAGGAAGACGGGGUCAUCAGGAGGGACGUGACAGGCGGCGUCCGAAACCGGAGUGCGACGAAUCUUGCUCGGCGAUGACAGUAACUUGCCUGUUUUUCUUAUGCUUUAUUUGCUGAUUUCCAUGUGCUUUAUCUGCUCUGCUUACACCCGCUCGAGGACCUGGGCCUACGUUCAGGCCAGGCCUCGUUGCACGCCCUUUCUGACCUUUACGAGUAGCGACGAUGACUUAUUGCAGUAUCCUAUCCCUUGCUGAUUGCUUUUCGGAGCUGCUUGGUUGUACCCCAUCAAUGUUCGACUUCUAUCAUCUAUCCUGAAUUGUACAAUCCGGUAUAACGCAGACGUGCAUGACGCCGUCGUGAGCGUGACAUGCCCAACCUCAGUCCAGCUAAUAGCAAGAUAUACCGCGGGUGCU